CACACACAUAUAUACACACACAUAUUAUAAUGAUGAUGAAGCUAAUUCACAUGGAGAUCGGGGGAAAGGAAAAGAUUGAAAAGGACAAUUAAAUUUUAUUAUGAAAUAUAGAAAGAGCUUGUAGACUGACUUGCUCGUCUCCUUUAGCCCUCUCAAUAAAUAUGUCUGCAUCUUUGGGUGUUUACUGAACCACAGAAGACUCUUUCUCUUUGGAAACCAAAACCCGCCUCCCUCAUAUUCGAGAGAGAGAGAGAGAGAGAGAGAGAGAGAUGGGGAGGGCUCCAUGUUGUGACAAACACAAUGUGAAGAGAGGACCAUGGUCUCCUGAAGAAGAUGCAAAGCUUAAAGACUACAUAGAGAAACAUGGCACUGGCGGCAAUUGGAUUGUUUUCCCACAGAAAGCCGGUCUCAAAAGAUGUGGGAAGAGUUGCAGAUUGAGAUGGUUGAACUAUCUGAGACCAAACGUCAGACGUGGAGACUUCACUGAGGAAGAGGACAGGAUCAUCUGCAGCCUUUUUGCUAGCAUUGGAAGCAGGUGGUCAGUAAUAGCAGCUCAUUUGCAUGGUAGGACUGAUAAUGACAUCAAGAACUAUUGGAACACUAAGCUUAAGAAGAAGCUUAUUGCAUCCAUGGCUCCACCUCUGCUAAAUCUACCAUCAUCAUCAUCAUCAUCAUCAAGAACAACAUCAUCUACUUGGCCUCCAUCGCCAUCAGCAGCAGCAGCAUCAAUGUCAUCACAGUACAACAACAAGAUCAGUAGUACUCUUAUUCCACAGUACCCAUCACUAUCAAGCCUCCUAAGCUCCAACACAGCAAGUUAUCUCCCACCUCAUGAGGGCAUGAUGAUGAUGGUGACGACAACAAUGGGCCAUCAUCAUCAUCAUCAUCUUCAACAAGAAGACAUGGGCAACUUGGUAAAUUCACCAUACUACAGCAACAGCAUCAUCAUCAAUGAUGUAAUGAUGAUGAGCCAUCAAGAAGAGAGCAUGAACCAAAGUACAAACAAAGGUGUAAUGGACAGUGAUGGAAGUGGGACAAGUACAACAACAGGAGCAGAGAAAAUGGAUCAUAAUAACAGUAAUGAUCAUAGUGAUGAUGGGAAAAUGUCAUUAAAUACAUUGGUUGAAGAUCAUGGUCUGGAGGAUAUCAAGCAACUGAUAAGCAAAAACUACUUGUUUUUAUUUGAUGACAUGAAGAUGGAUGAUAGAUAAGUACUUCUUGAUCCUGAUUCCGACAUCCUCAUCUGUCCCUUUUCUGUUUUCCACAUUUUUCUCUUCCAAAUCCACACACACACAUAUAUAUCCUUUUAUAUUUCUACAAUGUGUUACAUUUUCUUCUUUUUUAAAAAAAAUAAAUAAAUUUGGGAUUAUCCCACUGUUUAUAUUUUAAAUUCAUUUAAUUAUCAUACCGUUUUCACAUGGUUUGACCUGAUUAAUAUUAUAUGGGUAUGAAUUGACAAAUGAACAUAAUAAAAUUUGUUUAUAGAAUUGAUUUUUGUUGUGCUUAUUCAGGGUGGUACGUGGGAGAACGUUAAUCACUAGACAACUCUAGGUUUGGAAAUGUGGAGGUCAUAACUAAAUUAUAUUAUUUUGUGGAAAUUAUUUGGCCUAUUAUUGUUUUUUGUUCCUUUAAAAUCAACUUUGAAUAUUAAAGUGUGAUUUUUUGGGAUCUACACGAAAUUGUUAUCAAAUCAGUCAAUAUAACCAAACGGAAAAUACCACACCUAAUAAAU